CGCAUGCACGAUCUAUGGGACAAAUCACCGACUAGACAAUGACCAAAAUAUAAGUCUACAGAACGAUUUCAAGGUAUUUAAAUUGACAUGGAGAUGGCCACGCAAAUUAGCUUGAAAAAUGGCCAUAAGGUGGACCAUAAGGUGAGGGCGGACAUAGAAAGACACGGGAAAGAAAAGAAGAAAAAGAAAAGGGAACAGCAGUCUCCAUUUCUUGACAAGCACCAGAGAUUGGAGAAAGAGGUAAAGAAAGCUAAGCCUCAUCACUACAAACCCUAUGGUCUGUCGCGGCCAGAUACCCAGCUGCAGGCUCAGCGGGAUAGACACGCUCCUCAACCCCAUGCCCUCACCAAGGAACAGGCUCCCGUGCAGGAGCACCGACAUCAGCAGCACCAUGGCAUGAAGCGAGAAGGAGUGGUGGUCUGUCCGACUGCGAAGAUGACGAGGACCGAGUUUAAAAAGAAGCCGCCUGCGCCCGUAGUGCCCGCGGCGCCGCUUUUUACUUUCACUCCACUGAAAGUAGAGAAGGCCAAGAGUCUCGCCAGCAACAAGGAAAAACACGGUGAAACACGGCACUUCAAACUUAAACCCAAGAACGAAAACUCGGAUGCAAACAUGAAGAUUGAAAUAUGCAAAAAGAAGAAAGAGUCUCGUGAUGAGAACGGGAAGGUGCGCCUGAAGGAGGAAGAGGAGGCGCGGCUGCUGCUCAAGCGCAAGAGGAGGAAGAAGAAGCACCAUGAGGAGGAGCGCAGGAGGAAGCGCAUGCGCCUCCUCCACGACAAGGAGGUGCAGACCGAGUUGGACAGAGACAGGAGAAGCGUGCCGGCGACCAUUAAGACAGAGACCUUGACAUCAGGAGGACCACAGAAGUGGGACUCCCAGUCCCAGCCCCAUCCCCAGCCCUUUCUCUCCCACCAGGAGCACUCCAUCCGCCUGGCAGCGUUGCCCAGCAACCGCUUCAGUGGCCUCAUGCACGAGGAGGUGCAGCCCAACGGUGGCGGGCGUAUCCUGCACGCCUACGCGGACGAACUGAGCCGCCUGGAGCCCGGCGACAUGGAGAGGUUCGCCCAGGACUUCCUGGACCGGACCUUCUCGGAGAGGACCGGCGCGGCCCGCUACGCCCUGGCCGUGGUGCACGGGGCGGCCGCCUACCUGCCGGACUUCCUGGACUACUUUGCCUUCAACUUCCCAAACACGCCCGUCAAGAUGGAGCACAUGGGCAAGAAGGACAUCGAGACCACCACCAUCUCACACUUCCACUCACAGGUGAACAGGACGUACUGCUCUGGGACGUACCGUUCUGGAGCCAUGCGGCAGAUCAGUCUGGUGGGUGCUGUGGACGAGGAGGUGGGCGACUAUUUCCCAGAGUUCCUGGACAUGCUGGAGGAGUCUCCUUUCCUGAGGAUGACCUUGCCCUGGGGGACCCUCUCCAGCUUGAAGCUUGCCUGCAGAUCUCAGAGUGAUGACGGGCCCAUCAUGUGGGUGCGGCCCGGGGAGCAAAUGGUGCCCACAGCAGACAUGCCCAAGUCACCCUUCAAACACCGCAGGUCAGUGAGUGAGCUGCGGGCGCUGCAGUAUGUGCGUCGGGCGUGUGAGCGGCGGGAGGUGUUGUUUGAGGACCGCACGCGGGCACACGCCGACCAUGUGGGCCAAAGCUUCGACUGGAGGAGCACGGCCGCCGUCGGGGUCCUCAAGGCCGUGCAGUUUGGAGAAUGGAGCGACCAGCCACGAAUCACUAAAGACGUUGUGUGCUUCCAAGCUGAGGACUUCAACGAGGUCGUGCAAAAGCUCCAGCUUGACUUGUACGAGCCACCUGUGUCUCAGUGUGUGCAGUGGGUGGACGACGCCAAGCUGAACCAGCUCAGGCGCGACGGAAUUCGCUACGUGCGCGCUCAGCUGUGCCACCAAGACAUCUACUUCAUCCCGCGUAACGUGGUGCACCAGUUCAAGACCAUCUCAGCCGUCUGCAGCCUGGCGUGGCACAUUCGCCUCAAGCAAUACCAGCCAGAGGCCCCGCCCGCCCCUAGCAACAGCACGCCCACCCCUAGCAACAGCUCUGCCACGUCUGAGACCACAGAGAAUGAUCACACAGCCAAGGCACUACCUGAUCAGGCUCCUGCUGCAGCGCGGAUCCCUGUGAAGCCCGCCUCAGACAGUGCACUGAGAGCAUCAAAGCUCUCACAGUGUGAAUGAUGACACAUACUGCGUGCAACGAAAAGACUAACCUUGUGGAGAUGGUAGACACACCAAUUUUUGUAAGUGUGUUGCCAGAGAGUCGACGAGGAGGAAUUUCUUGUGGGUUUGUACAUACUGUACUUACAAAAAUGCAGUGACAUUUUUUUAUUUCUAUUUAUUAUUUAUUUUUAUGAAGUUCACCACGUGGAAAGGUACUUUCUUGGUUCCUCUCAAGCCAAAGGGUGCCGUGGAAGGUAACGUGUUGUUAGUGAGAGGUUUGACAUCUGUGGCAUGUGGUGAAUCGCAGGGCUUUGGUUACACAUAGAAGUGCCUAUUCUUUACCGACCACACCACCCAUGUCUCAGAUACUGGCUACCUUAUGGGAAUAUCUGAAAGAUUAGUUAAAAGCCCGCACAUCCAAAAAAAAAACAACCAAAUGACAAGAUUAAAAAUAAAAAACUCUGCUUCAAACAGGAGUUCUCUGAUCCCACUGAUCAAAACCAAAAUAGGAGCAGAAAAUUCCUAGCUGAAGCGGACUUUUUCAUUUUGAUGGCAAUAUCUGACCUGCAAGAAAGACAGGAGGACACAGAAGUCUUGUCCAACGUGCUAAAUUCAAACUUUGAACCUGGACUAACAGUAAUGAUGGACUUGCUAUCACAUAGGAAUCCUAUGAAUACCGUACUUAAAGGGACACUGUGUGAGAUUUUUAGUUGUUUAUUUCCAGAAUUCAUGCUGCCCAUUUACUAAUGUUACCUUUUUCAUGAAUACUUACCACCACCAUCAAAUUCUAAGAAUUCAUUAUGACUGGGAAAAUUGCACUUCUCCAUUGUCCGCCAUUUAGAAUUUCCAGAAAUAGCCAUUUUUAGCUGCAAAAAUGACUGUACUUGGACCAUACUAGAAAAUAUUUGUUUAUUACUUAGAAAACUUUCAUGUAAAGAUCAAAUUCGGCAAUUGGCAGCCCAGUUUCAAUGAACAGCAUAGUUGCAGUACCCUUUUUGACCAUUUCCUGCACAGUGUCCCUUUAACUUGAAUUAGGAAAGGGGAAGGAACAGCAACUAUUAUAUAUGUAUAUUCCUUUUGCAACUCAGAGCUAAGUUUGAUAUUGUGCAGUAAAAGGUGAUCCACAGUUAUGGCUCCUCAUGCUUUCCGGGAAAAUUGUCAGCCCCGUCUCUCGGGAAAUGACCCAGGCAGGCUUUUCUAUGAUGAUAUAUGCAAAUUUAUCAGUUAGAUUACAAUCAAAGGCUGUACUUUUUACACAAGUUCACACAACAAUCUUUGCUGAUGCUCGAAUUGUUGAAGGGUCUUCUCUGUAAUGUAUCUAACUUUGUAAAGCCCGUCAACACAAGCUAGAGGAAAUGCAUAGAAAAAAGAAAGAAGGUCUCCACACUGUUUCUGCUCCCAGUUUAUUCAACACGUUUCAACCAGUCUGGUCUUCGUCUGGUAUACUGUAGGUACACCUGUUGAAUAAACUGCGAGCAGCAACAGAGUGCGGACCUUCUGUCUUUUUUUGUUUCAUCAUGUUUUAAGUCCGGCACCUGUUUUAUCUGGAUGUGCGUGCACUCCAUAACGCUACAGAGGAAAUGCACAGGCCACAUGAUCUCCAGGUUGACAUGUAGAGGUGACUUUUAUGAUUUUCUGGUAUAUCCACGAGUAAAUGGAUGCCUACAUGCCUUUCACAAGCUGGUGUACUGUACCAACACAACAAUUGAGUUUGGCAAAUGGUGAACUAAUGAGUGCUAUCUUGCAAUAAUUAUAGUUUGUGUAAUUUUGUAUGGUGUUUGGGUUUGAGAAGUAGGUUUUCCUUUACUUUCAAGCAGAGACGUUGUUUCUGGUUUUGAGCACUCUGAUGAAACUGUAAAAAUGUUGUGAUUAUGAAUAAGGACACCUUUUUACAUAAUUAUAUAAAGUAUGCCUGGGGGAAAUUUUGACAAAUCUAGACAAAAUGUUUUCCCUCUUACUCGGCAGCUAAAGUUAUUAUUUUGUAGUAAUGCUUGUGAGGAUCGGGUUGUUUUUACUGUGGUAGCGUACAUAUUUACCUGAUCAAGUGGGUAUUUGAGGGGGAGCGUGUCUAUGUGCUCACGGCCUAGUGGUCCCACUGCCCAAUGGUCCCACAUCAGUAAAAAAAAUAUAUGUAUAUACUUUGUAGGCUCAAUGGUCCUGCUGCCAUGCCUAACCUUAAGUCAGUAAACACCAUCAGUAUCCAGGUAAUACCUUUAAACCACAAUCUAAUGACCUCUAACCAUGCUCUACCAAUAACAGUAGAAAUGAACUUACCAAAACCUUUCCCUAAUAAUAACUGCAGUGGUAUCAUGCCUAAACCGAAGUCAGUAAACACCAACAAUAUAAUACAACAAGACACUUACCUCUGUGGGAGCAAUUGGUCUAAACAAUAAUUUUUAAAGUCUUUGGGCUGUGGGAACAUAGGGCUGACCCCAUUUGGGGAUAAGGGAGGGGUGCCGUGCUGUGUGUGUCAGUGAAAAAAAUAAAAGCUCUUA